AUGACUGCACUCUCGUGGACUCUCAUCAUGAUGGCAAUGAGUGGGAGUGCCAGUGCCCUGGUGUGUGGUAGAAUUCCACUCAUCACCAGGAUUGUUGGAGGUCAGGAUGCUGAUCCAGGUAAUUGGCCCUGGCAAGCCAGUCUUCAGUCAUCUGGCAGCCACUUCUGUGGAGGUUCUCUCAUCAACAAUGAGUGGGUCUUAACGGCAGCUCAUUGCUUUAGCAGCUCUGUCCCCAGUGGCUUGACAGUUGUCCUGGGUCUUGAGGAUCUGGAAGGCAACAACUCCAACAGCGUAAGCCGCAAUGUGAGCCGGAUCAUCAGCCAUCCCAGUUACGACAGCUAUACCAAUGACAACGACAUCGCUCUGCUUCAACUCAGUGCUCCAGUCACCUUCACCGACUACGUGAGCCCUGUUUGUCUGGCUGCCAGUGGGAGCGAAUUCAACAAUGGCACCGACAGCUGGAUCACUGGCUUUGGAACCAUAGCUUCUGGAGUACCCCUUCCAUCUCCUGGGACUCUACAGGAAGUAGAGGUCCCUGUGGUGGGGAACGCUCAGUGUGACAGUUUGUACAGAGUUCGAGGUAUCGAUAUCACAGACAACAUGAUCUGUGCUGGUAUUUCCGCUGGGGGGAAAGACUCCUGUCAGGGAGACUCCGGAGGACCGAUGGUGAGUAAACAGGACGCUGUGUGGGUCCUGUCCGGUGUCGUUAGCUUUGGAUUCGGUUGUGCUGAACCCAAUUUUCCUGGAGUCUACACCAGGGUGUCCCGUUACGAGAGCUGGAUCAACUCCCAGAUCAGCAGCGACCAACCAGGCUUUGUCCAUUUCAACUCCAGUGAGGUAGAUUCUGACGCCAGCUCCUCCAAUUCAGAGGAUCCCUCUCCAACCGGCAAUACCACCUCUGAACCUGCCACUACACCCUCUUCAUCAGAUUCGCCCCUCUCAGGUGGGAGUUCCAGUGUCCUGGGCAUUUUUUACCCGUUUGGAUCGGCUGCGGGUGAUACUUUCAGCUAUCUUUUACAUAACAGCAGCUCCCCUCUCAUUCCCCUGCUCCGCUUGUUUCCUUUCUUUGGUCGCACGUACCAGCAGAUAUACAAUUAG